AUGGCCGACGAGAAAAAAACGGUUAUUUUUCUAAACUCAUCCUCAUUCAAAUAAAACGUUUUGUAUUUUAGGAAGAAAUGAUCGAAUAUUGCUCGAAACGAAAAAUAUCUACAAUUGUGCUGGCUUUGAUAGUUUUUUCGAUUCUCGUUUUCUUCAUCGAAGAAUUGACUGAAGAAUCGGAGAUGAAAAGUGAAAUGGAAAUGAAACGAGUAUAUUACAGUGAGUUUUUUGAUGAAAAAUAUAUUUGAGAAAUACGAUGAUGGGGGAAAAUAAUGAAAAUAAACAAGUGAAACAUUUUUCGAAUGCCUGAAAAACAAAAAAUAAGGUUUUCACGCGAGAAAAUCGAUUCGCUGCGAGACCUAAACUUUAAAAAUAUUUUCUUUAAUUGCUGCUUCCAUACUUGAUAUUCAUGAAAAAUAACUGAAUAUUCUUAUUCAUCUCGACGAGAUGAAUCAGAUGGUAUAUUCAGUUUUGCUGAAACUAUAUCUAAAAUGCUUUAAACGCGCUUAAAAUUUCAGGCUGAAAUAAAAAUAAUUUUCUAGUCAACAAACACUGCGACGCACAAAUGCACACAUCGCGCAUUACCGUACACAAUUUCAACAGAAAAUUAAUUUAAGACCACGAAAAUCCAAAAACCGCGCCAGUUCCAACCGCAACCCAAUAUCCAAUCGAAGAAUGUUGGAAACACGAAAAAACCGAAGUCAUUUCCGAAUGUUUGCCAUGUAAAGAUUUCGAUUUGAAAGCAAUAAAAGCAGGUAAAAAAUUUUUUUUCGUGAUUUUCAAACAAAAAAAUAUUGUUUUCAGAAUAUUGCACACGAACAGGUUAUUACAAUCGAUUGAAUUGUUUAAAAUCAAAUUUCACAGUUUUGAAAUCCUGCGAUGUUCCCAAGGUAUUUUUGAGUUUUCGGAAUUCCAAUUCAAUAAUUUUUGUUGCAGCUCGCCAGGAAGAAUAACUUCUACAUAUUUUCCGUGUUGAAUUUCAUUGUGAUGUGUGCAAGUUAUAUGACAGCAAUUCAUCGAAAAGAAUAUCUCGAUCAAACUACAUACAAUCGCCUUCCAUCCUCUUUCUAA